AUACCUGUAUGCAAAAUAUUGAGUAAUGUGCUGUUAAGCUAGAAAACCUUUUGCAAUGGCAGAUUCUUUCACACACUUUUCUUUACAAAUUCUGCUUAUAUGCAUCACACUCUUCUUCACUUUUUCGACGUUUGCUUCUGCAACCGAUACGAAAUCACGCCCCUUCAAGAAGAUCUACGCUUUCGGUGAUUCAUUCACCGACACUGGCAACACUAGAUCUACCACAGGUCCUAAUGGUUUUGGCCAUGUCUCCAACCUUCCAUAUGGCAGCACCUUCUUUCACCGCUCUACUAACCGAUACUCGGACGGACGACUCAUGAUUGAUUUUGUAGCCGAGACACUUUCAUUACCGUUCUUGCCUCCGUAUCGUGGCCUCAAGGGCAAUCCGAGUAAUGGUGUGAACUUUGCUGUUGCUGGCUCAACAGCUAUAAAUCAUGCAUUCUUUGUGAAGAACAACCUUUCAUUUGAUGUUACUCCUCAGUCUAUUCAAACUCAGAUCAUUUGGUUUAAUGAGUACUUACAGAAGCAAGGGUGUAAAGGGUCAGCGUCAUCAAGCCCACAGUGCAGAGCAGCGUUUGAAGAUGCACUGAUCUGGGUUGGCGAAAUCGGAGUUAACGAUUACGCGUAUAUUACUGGCUCAUCUGUAUCUAGUGAUACUAUUAGAAAACUUGCAAUUAGCAGUGUCACCGGGUUUCUACAGGCAUUGCUGAGCAAAGGUGUGAAAUACGUAGUCGUACAAGGCCUACCUCCGACAGGAUGCUUGACGAUGGCUAUGACAUUGGCUCCGGAAGACGACAGAGACGAAAUGGGCUGUGUGAAGAGUGUGAACAAUCAAACCAGGACCCAUAACGCCGUCUAUCAAGCCAAACUGAGAGAUCUCAGUAGGCAGUUUCCGAAUGCCACAAUUGCAUACCUUGAUUACUGGAACGCCUACCGCAAAAUCGUGACCAAUCCGGCAGCUUAUGGAUUCAAGGAGCCGUUCAAGGCAUGCUGCGGAUCAGGUGAUCCACCUUAUAACUUUGCUGUUUUUGCUACAUGUGGAACAACUUCUGCAACUGCUUGUCCAAACCCAGCUCAGUACAUCAAUUGGGAUGGAGUUCAUCUUACUGAAGCCAUGUACAAGGUACUAACCGGCAUGUUUUUGAAUGGAACUUACAGUAAACCUCCGUUUCAAAACUUGCUUGCCAAGAAACAGCAUGAAGGAUAAAUCUUGUUGCACUGGAUUUUGAUCAGCUUUGAUAUACAUUAGUGUUUAAUGACAUAAAACAUGGCUGAGUUAGUAUUUACAGACCAUAGAAUGCAAAUCUAUCAAUUACAUUCCUUUUUAUAU